AAGUAUCACAGCAAAUUCACCCACAAAAUUAACUGCAGACUAUAGCAAACUUGAACAAGUAGCUAGUCAGCUAAAAUGGAUAAGCUUUGUCUUCUGUUCUUCGCCGCUCUAGUGAGCAUUUCUGCAGCUCAAUUGAAAUGUGACACACCACCAGUUUGGGAGGCAAGGCUGUUUGAGUCAAACCCAAAGUUUGACAGACUUGCCAAGAUCUCGUAUGAUGCUGAGAACAUGAGGACUAGGAUUAUUGAGGAGGUCUUCAUAGAGAGCGACCAGGAGAAAGACUACUAUGAUGAGCUCUUCCUGCACCAGGAAAAAAUGGGGUAUAAACUCAAUUUGAAGACUAAGGAGUGUGAGAAGUUCACUCUGAAUGAGCCGUUCCGUGAAGUUGGUGUGCCCUUGGGUGCUCGCUUGGAGGGGGAGCUGGAGAUAGGUACCGCAGCGUUUCCUGGUGCUGGUGUGAGGGUGCAAGUGUAUGAGGCUGAAACUCCUCGAGGUCGUUAUGCUGGAGAGUGGAUUCCAGUGGAUCAUCUUUGCGUGCCUGUCAGUGAUACCUUUAUCAGUCAAAGAGACAGAAGUAUCUCCCAUUGGAGUUUCUUUGACCUGACUUUGGGUAUCAAAGACCCCAAUGUGUUUGAUAUACCUCCGGAUUGCAUGUGAACUACUGCAAAAGUGCACUGACUAAAAACAUUACUUGUACUAUAAUGCCGUACAUGUAUAUGAGCGUGAAUAGUGUACCGUUAUAUACAUGACAUUGUGGAUGCAUAAUUUAUGAUAUCUCCAACUAA